AUGCUGCCACAGGAAGCGUUCGGUUUCUUCUAUCCCAUACUGAUUUACUGGUUCAAAAGAAAGUUUGUCAGCUACGUGUCUUCAGCGUUAGCUUGGUCAGCAUUAGGAAAACACAGCCGUGAAGAACAGAUCAACAUUGGAAGCGAUGACCUUCGUGCAAUAAGCAAAUUUCUUGGAACAAAACACUACUUCACUGGAUUCAAACCGACACGUAUUGACGCCACCUUAUUCGCUGUUCUGGCACAAAUUGUAUACGCACCAUACGAAAACGAUCACCUUGAUGUAAUCAAGAAUGAGUGCCCUAAUCUAUUGGAAUAUGUGGAACGUAUCAAGAACAGGUGA